AUGAGCUAUCAGAUUCACUUCGCCAAAGAUUGGAUGAACUGGGCCAAAGACGCCUGUCGCUUAAUUCCUAAGGGUACACCAUUCUGUCCACCCAAGGACCCUAAUACCUUAACAUGGGCUGACCUCAAUGACUUGGACUCCAAUGAGGCAGAGGACCUCUGGAAGGAUAUUGAUUACGCUGCAGAGUCUUCUUCUUCUGAUGAUGAUAUAUCGUCUGCAGCAAGUGAUGUUUCAAUCCCGAAAAUUGUUCCACAUAGCUCAACUGUUCCCUUGGAAGAAUUCAACCCAUCAGAAGAUCUAUUUAUCGAUGUGGAAGAUGACAACUUGAUAGCCUCUAUUAUCAAGUCUCAGGCUCAUAUACAGGAAGGUGAUACGGAAGUAGUCUACUUAAUAGAGCUUCAGAUCAUCAAAGACGCUCUAUCUAUGCUACGAGGUUUACCAACAACUACAUUCUUAAUUUAUGAGGACAGAAUCGCGGUCAACCGGAAUAUUUCCAUGCGCCAUACUUCCCGAGCUGCAUUCCAGGAGCUGGUGAAGGCUUUUAGUAACAUAGGCACUUCCAUUCAGGCGCUUAGGCUGUUUCUGAAGCGUCCACAGCUAGUGCCAUUUAUGCAGACUUUCCAGAAGGAAAUAGAAGUGUUGAUCUCGUCAUUCGACAGAUACCUCUCUGAUGAACAGUCACAUUAUCUAUACCAGCCCACGCCGCUCUCCGUCAGCCUUCUCCACCUGCUUCACAAGGUCCAAAAAAGUGUCCAGGUGCUGCUUGAGCUUUCCACCCUUGUCGGAAAAUUAAAUGAAAACCCCAGUUGUGAACACUUUCGCUGUUUAGAUUUGCUAUAUGACUUGGUCUGCGAAAAGCAAGCGACGGGUGAAGACACUCAAUACCGGGACAUCUCUAAACUUUUUUUUGCUUGUUUUGAAAACUAUACAAAACCCAUCAGACGCUGGAUGGAAACCGGAGAUUUAGACACAGCCCAAAAUUCCUCCUUUUUCGUGAACGUUUCGACUAGUUCACGCGAUGAUCUACGGACGUUGUGGCACGACUGGUUUACUUUAAAUCGGCAUUCUGGACGUUUAUACGCCCCAAAAUUUCUUCAUCCAUCCUCUAGGAAGAUAUUCACAACCGGAAAAAGCCUGGUAUUUCUUCGGCAUCUCGGUGUCGGGCCCUUAUCCACUAACUUAACCGACUCCCCUUCCCUCAAUCAUGAGGCUGUCUGUCCAUCAAUUCCAUCUUUGUCAUUAUUCCCUUUCGCUGGCCAGCUAGAUGCGGCAUUUAAUCAACUUGUUGACAUCAACCACAACCGUGCAUCUUCGCUGCUGAAAUCAGAACUCGACGAGAAGUGCGGUCUAUGGCAAUCAUUAGAUGCUCUGGAAUACUUAUACUUAGGUAAAGACUAUGGUAGAUGUUCUGCCACAGACUACAGAGUGUUUGAUUUAAUCGACAGAGGCAGCCAGUCUUGGAAUGAUCGAUUCCUUAUUACGGAACUCAUUCGGCAAUCUUUCAGCACUUUGUCAUGCAUCGACACCACAAGGCUCAUUGGGCGUUCGGCGAAAAUACCACUUCAUGUCUUCGAGAACUAUAGUCGAUCUGUCAAAAUUCUUAAGGUUAUAUCUGUCGAUUACACCUUACCGUGGCCUGUUGCGAACAUUGUUACGAAGGAGUCUAUGCAUGUCUACAAACGUAUUUCACUGCUACUUAUGCAAAUUCGUCGAGGAAAAUAUACCUUGGAGAAGCGCUGGUUUACAAAGCCACAUUUAUCCUUAGGCGAUGAAGAAGAGAAAGCUGAUCAUGUCUUAAGUUUUUGCGUUAGACACCGCUUGUUGUGGUUUUUGAACGUUCUCUAUCAUCAUUUCACUGAAGUGAUCAUUGCUCGUGCGACCCGUGAGAUGGUCAAAGCUGCCAAAGCAUCUGCAGAUGUUGAUUCUAUGAUUGAGAUACAUCAGUCAUACAUUCAAUCUUUAGAGGCACAGUGUCUGCUCAGCAAAGAUUUUGCACCUAUUCAUCGCGCAUUGGUAUCUUUGCUAGAUCUGUGCAUAUCAUUCUCUGACACACAAAUUGCCCGCACAUUGGAGUGUCAUCAAGAUCAGAAUGACCAAACCUUAGGCACCAUUCGACUGGCAAGGAUCGCCGGGAAGAGAGUCUCAGCCGCAGACGAGUCUGACAACAGUGAGUCUGAUGUGGAAAUAUCCAUGUUUGAGGCUGGUAACGCUAGCAAUAUCUCCUUCCAAGACGAAUCUUACCGCCGACGCGUUUUGCAGGUAAAAUCAAAGUUUGACAACCUCUGCGAAUCCAUAAAAGCUGGGCUCAGAGUCGAUCAUGGAAAACAUUCACAGAGUAUGGAGAUUUUAGCUGAUAGCCUCGAAUGGGGCUGA